AUGAAAACCACAAGAGAUGAAGGUAGUGGCUGUGAUAAUGCCACUAUUUCAACUCAUGGUUGGGGAAACAUAAAGGUCACAAACCCUUCUUUUAUGUAUCGAUCAGGUCCUCCUUUAACAGCCAUAGACAAGUUCUUAGGGAACCAACAAAACCAUUUCCUUCAAAAGCGACACCCACAGAACAAUAUUGCAAAGAAAAACCAUGCAAGUGUUUUUGAUCAUGAGUUUUGCAGUUUUGCUUGUUCUGGUGAUUCAACCUAUAAGUAUCUCUUGCAUAACACUCAAGAAGCAAGCUUUAUAACUCAUCACCUCUUACCAAAUGAAGAGGCUCUGAUGAAUUGGACACACCAAAACCCUACAUUGUGUCAGAAUGAUGUGCAAGUUUUAGGGAAUAAUGCAAAACUUGUGGGAAGAAGGCCUGAGAAAGGAUCUUCUGUGUCUUUAAUCAAAGGACAAUGGAGUGAAGAAGAAGACAGGAAACUGUUAAAGUUGGUGAAGAAAUAUGGUCUAAGAAAAUGGUCUCAAAUAGCUGAGAAUUUGGAUGGAUCAAGAGCUGGCAAGCAGUGUAGAGAGAGAUGGCAUAAUCAUUUGCGCCCUGAUAUUAAGAAAGAUAGUUGGAGUGAAGAAGAAGAGAAGAUAUUAGUGGAAACACAUACUAAGAUUGGAAACCGUUGGGCAGAGAUGGCAAAGCUUAUUCCAGGAAGAACAGAGAAUGCAAUAAAGAACCAUUGGAAUGCAACUAAAAGGAGGCAAAAGUCAAGGAGAAAGAACAAAAGGACAGUAACUUCUAAUGGAAAUCCACAAUCCUCUAUUCUUGAAGAUUACAUCAAAAGCAAGACUCUUAAUAGUACCACCUUCAUUAACCCCACAAAGAGCAUCAUCAAAACCACAACAACCACUGAGGACCCUACAACAACUGAUCAAUCAGGCCUCAUUUUUUCUCAACUCUCUGAUUCUGUUACCAAUAAUGACAACUGUUUAUCACCACAAACUUCUGAAUAUGAUGAUGAGUUACUUUUCAUGCAACAAUUUUUCAAGGAGAAUCAGCCCCAACAACAUCACCACCUUCCACUUGUCAAUGUUGAAUCUCUUAAUGGUGAUCAACUUCUCACUAAUGUGACUGGCUGUGGUUUCCCCCAUUCCAACCCAAAUCCAAAUUCACAUAACAUGUACUUGGGUGAGAGUCUCACACCUAGAAAGACUCCUGCACCUAUCAAUUACCUUGAUUCUGAUCUCUGUCUCUCUCACUUGCUGAAUGGAACUGACAGUUCAUCACUUUGCUGUGAUUAUGGGAGUCAAAACCAGAACAUGGACUUGCUGCUUGAGGAUCAAUAUAGUUUAGAAGGAAAUAAUAAACAGAUGGAUUUGAUGGAGUUGGUUUGUUCUGCUCAGUUUUACCACUAG